AUGGCUGGUAUCAGGGCGACUGUGGGAGACAAGUCGGUAACGUUGUUGACCAUUGACCACAAAGAUAAGAUGGCAACGUUUAAGUUUCAGCGCUCAACAAACCAAGCCACUGCUCAGGAGCUGACGAGUCUGAAAGAGAGGCUUGAAAUUGCUCAGAGACAGCUCGUUCACAGCACAACGCAACCGGAGGUCAGAGGCGGCCCAAAAUUUAAAUAUGAAGUGAUUCGACGGGAGAUGGAGCGUGUGUCAGAAGAGAAGAUGAAGAAUGACCAGAGCAGACUGGCAAACGCGGUGGAUGGUGAUGUGGACUGGCGCAAGAGGGAGGCGCUCAGACUCACUGACCUUGUACAGAGGAGGCUUGAUUAUCUUCAGAAUCCUUCCGAGUGUGACAAGGCAAAGAAAAUUAUCUGCAGUCCUGGUAAGGCGUGUGGCUACGGGUGCAGACUGCAUCAUGUGACCUACUGCCUGAUCAUGGCGUACGCCACCCAGCGCACGCUCAUCUUGCAGUCGGAUUUUUUACCGCUAGCGAUACCAGAGGACAUCGCUGAUCGCUUGACCCGUAUUCACGGUGACCCUUCGGCCUGGUGGGUAGGUCAGUUUGUGACCUACUUGACCAGACUAAAUGCCAUGAUGCGGAAAUUUCUGAAUGAGACCAAAGAAAAGCUGGGCUUUGUUAACCCUAUUGUUGGAUUGCACGUGAGACGGACAAACAAGGUCGGUACGGAGGCCCAAUUUCACAGCAUUGAUAAGUACAUGAGUUAUGCCAACGAGUGGUUCGAUAUUUACCAGAAGCAGCACCCUGGAGUCCAGAAGAGGGUGUACCUGGCGUCAGACGCUCCAGGGGUACACCAUGAGGCUAAACAGAAGGGUUUCCCAUUGCAGGUGAUCAAGCAUGGAUGUGACGCUGCUAGUGUUAUGGUAGCGGUUCGUCACAUACCUGGCUGCCCUUCUCUGGACCAUCUCCAGAUCGUGAGUCUGGUCCUUCUGGUAUGGGUUCCAGACCAUGCUGCACAUAUACAAGUGAGUGACACAGGGCGUUACCCAAACUACACCUUUGUGAGCGACAAUGAGGUCUCAAGGACGGCAGGCCUGGGCGAUUGUUUCACGAAUGCCUCCUUACAUGGUCUUAUCCUCGACAUUUACCUGAUUUCGCGAUACCGUUUUAUCGUCUGUACCUUCAUCAAAUAUGUGGAUGCAAAAGUGAAAAUGGCUGCCGAGGACAUUGCAAGUGUGUUGAAGCAGCUUUGA